AUGCGAAUUCCAAAACGUCCUGUAUCGGACGUUAUAACUGAAAUGCUUGAUGAUACACCACGUCGUAAAUUAGUAAAAACUAAGCAACAAAAGAAGAAUAAUAUAUCACUUCCUUUAUUAGAUAAAGAUAUUCUUCCUCCAAUAAAUAAUGAAGAAAAUGAUCAAGAAUAUUUACCAUUAACUCAACAAAUACCUAAAAUGUCAACAUUUGAUGAUGAUUUAGCUGAAAAAGUUGAACAAUGUUUUCGUAAUGAACAACAAACUGACAUUGAUAUGAUGGAAAUUAAUGAAUCAAAUAAAAAAAUCUUCUACAUGUCGUCGUUCUCAUUUUCAUUUUUCAUUUUCAAAUAA